CUUCUGCCAAUUAUUUACAUGAGCUGUCCCUUAUGAAUAUGAUAGCCCAGGUUGAUCGUAAUCAUAAAUGUAUAAAACUGUAUAAUUAUUAAAUUUUAGUGAGAUUUGUCCACCAAUUGAAUGAGAGUAAUGAUAUCUUAGGAAGUAUAUUCUUAGUUUAAUCAUAAUCUUAGAGAAAGAAAUUAUUGAUAAUUGAGGAAAAACAAUUUAUUCAUUGUAAAAAAAGGGACCUGCUACUUUUUAAUUUCCAAUUUAUAUUAUCCUCAAAGAGUUAUCAUCAACGAUUGAAUAAUAUUUGUCUUUGAUUAUGUAGAAGAGAUAAGAGUCGAAAUCUCCAACUAAGUCAUUAAACAAUAAAUGUGAAGUGCCAAUUUGACAUACUCCAUUUUAAUCUGGAACAUAUCCAUUAGGACAAGAAUUUAAACAUUAUAUAUUAGAAGUUUCUAAUUAAAACAAAGAAUCUCUUUGUUCUCCGAUAAAGUUGCAAAGACACUACCCUUUAAUUAAUUGGAGAUUAUCUUUG